AUGAAUUCAAGUUACGGCAUUCAUUACCCUCUAGUCACCCAAGCCUUUCUAGACUACUACUCUCAACGAAGUUUCCUUUGGUCGCAGACGCCGGUUGAGACAUACAUUGACGUCGAAGAAGAGCUGGAGCUGGAAGAGAAUAACUUCCUAGAGGCGAUAUGGACCCCGUUGAUACGUGUCGAUCACGCUUCUAUUUUUUCUUCGUUCCCAGUGCAUGCAUUCGCCCGAUACGCUUCUAUCGCAACGAUGCAAAACCUGCAAUUGAAAGUUGGACUAGUGAAAGAGAUUUGUGCUCAAAUACUGAAGCGUUUCGAGGAACUUAAGGAGAAAGCUGGCCAGGAUGGAAAGAUUGACGAGAAAGCUCUGGUGGCAGCACUUUUUGCCUCAAGUUGGCUAUGCGAGUAUCACGCUGAGGGAGAUGCAAUCACCAAAUUCAAGAAACAAGUGGAGACUUCUGCUGAGCUUAUUGGCAUGGGCAGGGAUAUAGAAGGGUGUCUGGAGAGGUUCUCUGCGCUUGGCGAACAAUGUGCUGUCCAGAGGAGCGUUGCUGUCCAGGAUGGUAUGGUCGACGGGCUUAAAUUUCGGAAACCAUGGGCAGGAUUCCUCGCCGAAUACCAGGAUCCGAAGAAGAAAAAGAAGGAAGAGCAUGAUGCACAGUGGUGCACCCUUGCAAAGGAAUUUAUCAGGCUUCAGUCGAUUUCCGUGCAAGUUCCCCUAACAGAGCGCUUUAGCGAUAAGAUGCGGUUGUCACUCAAGACCGAGCUUUCGAAUAUCUACUCGGGACUUGAUGAGAUUGUUCGCAGAAGUCCCCUGUAUGUGUUUCUUUCGGUAUUCCCGUGGCUCCCGGCAUCCCUUCACAAUGUCCUCCCCUCCCAGCUUCCAAAGCUGUCCUCGGAGAAAUUUGCUGCCUACCCCGCUCUCCUACGACUUCACCAAGCCCGCUCCGAUCCCCCAUCAACACUCCCUAUCCUCCAAAGUCUCCUUGCAACAACUCGCACUCACUCCUUCCGAGAUCUCGAACUGCCAACACACAUCCUCCUCGCAAAGCAAACCUUCACCUUACAAUCACUAACCGCAACCCUCUCCCACUGCGAAUACGUCGUCGCCUUCCUCCCGCCAAGUCCACUCCUCCUCCCUCACCACCUCCCUACCCUCUUGCACAUUACCUUCCUCGCAGCCCUAGCCCACACGCACCUCCGUGCGUGGGAGCUUGCGCUCUCAACCUUCAACGUCGCCCUAUCCCUGGCAAUGCACCUGGCCGAUACCACAACGCAAUAUUGUAUACUCCGUAAACUCUCCGCCAUAAAACGCGAAUCCGGACUCGGCCCCCCGGUAGCCCAGACCCUCCUCCGCGCUUUAGAUCUAUCCUAUGCAACAACCUCCCAACCCGCAUUUACAGACGAAUGCGGUGUACUCCUCCAACGCAUCCUCUGCGCUGCGCGCUCUGGAAAGGCUGGUGAGAGUAUGGAAAAUAUUGUCGAACGGUUCGCAAGGAAGAGAGGAUGGGCCGUCAGCGAGAUGAAGAAUUUUGUCGAAGACGUUAUUACCCUUGAAGCAAAGAUUGUGCGAGGCGGAGCAGAGGUGGGCGCCAGGAGUGCUGAGACGGAGCGGGAAUUGAGAGGGAUGUAUGCGGAAGCGGAGAAAAUGAUGUUUGCUAGGAAAAGGAGGAAUAGGGCGGAGAGCGAGUCUGGGACGAGUAUUACUAGUUAUACGGUUGUUUGA